AUCAUCAAGUCCUGGCGAAAAGUAAUUAGAAAAAAAAAACAAUCAUUCAAAAUUCUAAAUUCAAAAACAAAAUAAAAAUCAAUAAAAAAAAAAUUAUGAACAAUUCUUUGGAAAUUCCCAUCUAUCGAAAUCAGGCCGACUUUGAACAAAAUCUACCCAAGACAGUGGAAGUCCUAAAGACCAAAGAAGGCAACAAGGUGUUCCUUGUCGGGACAGUUCAUUUUAGUCUGAAAUCCCAUCAUGACGUUUCGACUGUGAUAAGAAACACAAAUCCCUCAGUGGUGAUGUUGGAAUUGUGUCCUCUGAGGAAGCAUAUGCUCGACAUCGACGAAGAAACUCUCCUUCGAGAAGCUUCCGCCCUCAACUUACGCAGGAUAAGCGAAAUAUUCGUUCAAAAAGGUCUCAUCAACGGAAUGUUCUAUUUAUCUUUUCUGCGAACCAACGCAAAGAUAACCAAACAACUUGGAGUGGCACCGGGCGGGGAGUGUCGUCGAGCAGUAGAGGAAUGCAAAAAGCUCAAGCACUGCAAAGUUCUGCUCGGCGAUCGACCAAUCGACAUAACAAUGCAACGCGCACUCAGUCCCCUAACUUGGAGGGACAAAUUAAUGCUCUCGAGCAUCUUCAAUGAGCCCUCCAUCAGCCAGAUGACCCCUGCCGACGUGGAGGCCUACAAAAACCGCGACAUCGAUUACCUCCGCAACCUGAGGCUCCGUUUCCCGUCUGUCUAUCGAUCGUUCGUCACCGAACGCGAUCAGAUACUCGCGCACAACUUGAUGCUGGCCACCAAGUUGAGCGGAAGAAAUUACUGCAAUGUUGUUGGUGUAGUCGGGGUGGGUCACAUGAAUGGGAUUUGUGAGAGCUUCGGACAAACCAAACCCGAAGAGAUUAUGAAAAUGAUGAAGCAAGACUUGACCCCACGUCCUCAAAACAACGGACACAACAUAAUUCAGAAUUUUUCACGCAUAUUGAACAUUUUCAAGCACAAGUAGAGUAAUUUUUGAGCAAUCUGUGCAUCAUCAAAGACGUCGAGUUCGAGCGAGAAUUCAGAAUUUACCUUUGAGCCAAUCUGUCACUUGAUCGGGCGUCCAUUCUGCGACAUUUAUCUUUUGCUGCGAGCUGUUUGACUGACUGAGGCGCUGGGGCGAAGGCGAGACCGAGAGCGAGACGACAGACGACAGAAAAAUAAAAGUAAUCAACACAAAUUCCAGCGAAAAAUGUUUUCCUUCUGAUGUAAUGUAGUCGUAACGUAGUGCUGUAAUGCGGAACGCAGAGGUCUUGAGUCAUUUUUGGUAUGGUGGAUGACGUUACGUUGACAGAUAAGGAGGGAAAUUUUGCAGUUGACGUUAUGUGACAUGACGUAAAGGGAGGGAGGAUGUUCCUUUUAUGAAGGUGUUGCCCGAAUUGUCUUUGAAGGACAGAAUUAUGCGACAAUCACACUUAACAACGAUUUUUCUUUUUAAGUUUAAGUAAGCCUUUUAUCUCCGUGCAUUCCUGGAAAAUCUUCACUGGCAUAAAAGAGUUGUGUCAAUAAAGCUUUUUUUAAUUU